AUGGGUAAUAACAUUCCCGCUCCAAUUUCGGUAGCCACAGCAACUACCUCAGAUCGUCUCGACACAUUCAAGACCGAAUAUCACCCUCACAGUGGUCGUGCUCCAAUCGUCGAGAGCUUUUCCGUUUACGGGACCAAUAAGCCGGAGACAACACAAUCACCUGUCAUUGAUGACGAGCCAUGGCAGCCUUUCAGCUGUCGUGCAGACUUCGAGUUUGCUGAACUUACCCACCGAGCUGCCUUGAGCAAAGACCAAAUUAAUGAACUACUCAAGUUCAUCUGGAGAGUUGCGGAUGGUCGCACGAACUUUACUUUCAAAACUCACAAUGACGUGUCAGCUGCAUGGACGAGGGCAUCCAGCCAACUGACUCCUUUUGAAAGACAUGUUGUACCUGUUGAGUAUAAGAAGGAAAACAUCGAGUAUGAAGACUGGGCAUUGGACCUCUUGGAUAACCCCUUGCUAGCACCGCAGUUCGUUUGGGAUGCCCAGCGACUGUACAAACAUGACGGAACUGAUUUUGAACGCUUCUUCCACGAGCCAUGGACAGGAGACCGCUGGUGGGACUUACAAACAUCUUUGCCCCAUAAUGGUGCGCCAUUCGCAUUUAUACUGUAUGCUGACAAAACGCACCUUUCGUCAGCUGGUGCUGUCAAGGCAUACCCAGUAAUCGCACGCUGCGGGAAUCUGCCUGUUGAAAUCAGGAAUGUUGAUGGUCCUGGAGGAGGACGCUUAGUGGGUUGGUUGCCAAUAGUUCCUGCAGACUCAGACGAGGAUGGCAAGCUGUCCUAUACGAAUUUAAGAAAGGUCGUAUGGCACAAAUCAUUCACGAUUCUCCUUGAAACCCUCAGUCUCAUCUCCAAAACUGGCUUCGCGCACCAAUGCUAUGAUGGAAUUCUAUGCUGGUUAUUUCCACUAAUACUGAUUUUAUCGGCCGAUUAUGAAGAGCAGUGGUUCAACUCUGCAUGUCCUUGCCCUAUUUGCCUUGUCCCGAAGGACAAGCUCACCGACCAUUCUAUGAUAUACCCUACCCGCGUCAUUGAUGAUGCACAAGCUUGCGUCCGAUUGUGGAACAUGGACCGUACCGCUGGUGAGGCGGCACUAAAAAAGCAGAGUCUAAGGCCUGUCGAUAACUCUUUGUGGAUUGUUGAACGGUCCAGCCUGCAUGACGCACUCUCGCAAGAUACCUUGCACGCUUACGACAGUGGUUUGUUUGGCGAUCACAUGUUCGAGGAAGUCAAGGCCCACCUGAAAACACUGGGAUGUACUGCUGAGAAGACGACUGAUGACCAGUUCGCUGUGUUUCCUUUUUCCGAUGGCAACAAGUUCCUGGAUAUAUCUAAGCAAAUAUUGUAUACAACACAGAACGUGCUCACACGCAAAGAUGACGAAGCUGGUUAUGCACUUCUAAAGUGCAUAGCCAGCUAUCUCCAUGCCUACAUGUAUAUAACAUUUGACGUUCACACAGAAAGCACUAUUGCAGCUGGGGAGGCCGAGAUUCUCGUUUUCCAGAAGUGCUUAGAUCAAUAUAUCGAAGUUCUUGGUGACGAAGCGACAAAAAACUGGAAUUUUCCGAAGGCGCACUCAAUGAGGCACAUAUUUUCUGACAUUAGGGCAAAAGGAGCUGCGCGAAACUUUAGUACGCGGCCAAAUGAGAAGCAUCAUGGGCCGAUCAAGAGGGCCUAUAAACUGCAAACAAAUGGCAAAGAUAUCGCAAACCAGAAGCUGGUCUCAAAUGUGACUACAUGGACCAAAGCUCGUGUUGGUCAAUAUACAAAUACCUGCUCGUGUUGGUCAGUAUACAAAUACCUGUCUUUUGGCGGACAUAUUCACCUUGGCGCUCCUCAGUCCGCAAUAACCUUUGCACAGCUUGAAAACGACAAUGUGUCCAACCGUGCCUUUGGGCAGUUCCGCAAAAAGCUCUCGACCUUCCUUAAUCACGCUCUACCUGCAUACAAUAUACCAUUACCUGAUGGCAAAACGUGGCUGACGCUUUCAGCACAAGAUACGUCUGUUGUGGACUGGAAGCUUACUACCAACCACCUGCGCUGCAACCCGAGCUUUCAUGGCCGUGAACGACGUGACUGUGCCCUUGUUCGCACCCAGGACAAAGAUGGGAAUAAUAAGAACAUUUUUGUUCGCAUUUUAUUCAUGUUCAAGCAAUCAAUUGGCAGUCAAACAUUGGAUCUCGCCCUAGUUCAACCUAUGGAUGCUCCGACAGGCCCACAACACGCUAUAGAUCAAGAUUUGCGACUGAGACGUCUUUGUGCCCGACCACUCGCUUCGACGGAGUUUAUUACGCUUCACUCGGUUAUUCGUGGUGCAUUACUUGUUCCAGACUUCGCUAGUACAAGGGGCGACUUUUUUCUCGUUGAUUAUGUGGACUCUGACAUGUUCCUUUGUUCGCAGAGAUAUAUGUUCUAA